CUGCAGGGACGCGGCCGUUCCCCUCCCCAGCUCCCGGGGCGCGCCGUCCAGCCCGCAGCAUGAGCGCCCCCGCCGCGACCCCUAUCUUCGCACCCGGAGAGAACUGCAGCCCCGCGUGGCGGGCGGCGUCCGCGGCUUACGACGCGUCGGACACGCACCUGCAGAUCCUGGGCAAGCCGGUGAUGGAGCGCUGGGAGACCCCCUACAUGCACGCGCUGGCGGCCGCCGCCGCCUCCAGAGGGGGCCGGGUGUUGGAGGUGGGCUUUGGCAUGGCCAUCGCAGCUACGAAGGUGCAGGAGGCCCCCAUCGACGAGCACUGGGUCAUCGAGUGCAAUGAGGGCGUCUUCCAGCGGCUCCAAGACUGGGCCCCGCGGCAGCAGCACAAGGUGGUUCCCUUGAAAGGCCUGUGGGAGGAGGUGGCACCCACCCUGCCAGACAGUCACUUCGAUGGGAUCCUGUAUGACACGUACCCGCUGUCUGAGGAGACCUGGCACACGCACCAGUUCAACUUCAUUCGGGACCAUGCCUUCCGCCUGCUGAAGCCGGGGGGCGUCCUUACCUACUGCAACCUCACCUCCUGGGGGGAGCUGAUGAAGUCCAAGUACUCGGACAUCACCACCAUGUUCGAGGAGACACAGGUGCCAGCCCUGCUGGAAGCAGGCUUCCGGCCAGAGAACAUCCACACACAGGUCAUGGAGCUGGUCCCACCGGCCGACUGCCGCUAUUACGCCUUCCCGCAGAUGAUCACGCCCCUGGUCACCAAGCACUGA